GUGUAGCUACGGUUCGAGCGAAAACACCCGACACAUAUGUCUCGUUUUUAACGGGGGGUUCGGUCUAAACGGAUACGAGCGGCGGAGCCUGGUAGACCGAUAACGUCGCUAACGGCGGAUGCCGCUUACGGUGCGGAAUUCUGCCCGGAGGAGGAACAAAAACCCGGAUGAGAAGCUCCCGGAGCGACCAGGGGAGUCUACUUCUUCUGCUCAGGUGAUGGCGCCCACGCGAAUGAAACUGCGUGUCCGUCGGCGUGAUAAUGCGGCCGGAGGAGUAGGUGCUACAGCAGGAGGUGGUCAGCCAGAGCAAGAAGAGGAGAGGAACAGAGAGAGCAGCGUUCGCAACAGCCGGAGGAAAACCACCACCAACACCUCGACCACAGCUGAUGCCACCUCCUCCUCGUCUCCUCCCUCCUCCUCCGCCUCGGCCUCAGCGCGGGCGGUGACAGCAGCAGAGGAGGCUUCACCUGACUCCAAGUGUCCGAUCUGCCUUGACCGCUUUAACAACCUGGCGUACCUGGACCGCUGCCUGCACCGCUUCUGCUUCCCCUGCAUCCAGGAGUGGUCGCACAACAAGGCCGAGUGUCCGCUCUGCAAGCAGCCCUUCGCCUCCAUCCUGCACUCGGUCCGCGCCGAAGAUGACUUCAAGGAGUACACGCUGCGGCCGGCGCCCGCCAACAGCAGCGUCGCUGCCACUGUUGCCAUGGUGGCGGCGAUGGCUUCAGCAGCGAGGAGCAACCACCAGAUGAGGCUGAUGCUGAGGAGGCACAGAGGGGCUGAAGGUGGAGAGACGACUACAAGGAGGCGGAGGAGGGAGAGGAGAGGAACAGGAAGCGGAGGCAGCAGGGUGGAGGAGAGGACGGGGGUGUGGGAGUGGUACCUUGAUUCUCCUCCUCUUGCACUCACUCCUCUUCCUCACCACCCCGCCGUCUCGUCCAUUGUUGCAGAGGACAGUGAGGAGGGAGAAGACCUGGAGGAGCAGAGGAUAAGGAGAGGGGCUGAUCUGCCGGAGCGUGGGGUGAUAUUUGAGGGACUGACGGGACUCGGGGGGGCAGUUGCACCUGUGGCCCCCAAUGACCGGGCAUCGCGGCGGCUGAUGACUCGUUUGGCAGCGAGGCAGCGGUUGCAGCGAGAAGGUGGAACUUUAAGGCGGCUGAGGGAGAGAGAGACUGUGGCCUUCCGUCGCACCCUCUACCGCAGUGGCAUACGUGUCUGCGGCGUUGCCGGGGUCGGUAACCAGGGUCAACAGCAGCGUGACAUCACAGCAGAGAGCUUCCGACGGAACCCCGUCAACCUUAACAGACUCCGCCCCUGGUUGCGACGGGAGCUCACAGUGCUGUACGGCGCGCACGGCUCGCUAGUCGACAUCGUCCAACGCAUCAUCAUGGCACGGCUUGCCCGUCACGGCCUGGAGGACACGCCCACAAUAGAAGAAGAGCUGCGACCCUUCCUGUUGGCCCGCACCGACCACUUCCUGCAUGAACUGGUCAGCUUCGCCCGCUCGCCGCUCAGCCUAGAAAACUACGACCUGCAGGCGGUGUACGAGCCGCCGGCCGCCGCCCUGGAGCUGGACGGGACAAGCAGCUCCACCGACAGCAGUUCUGUCAUCGCCAUUUCAGAGGGUGAGGAAGAGGAGAGGCAGGCGGGAGGACGAUCAGAGGAGAGGCUGCUGGCGAGGGCGGGGGGCACUCCCGACGACAUCAUCCAAACCGGAAGCUGCCUCAGCAUGUCGGCCUGGGAUGACGAGACUCCAGGCCCCUCCUACUCCACUGCUGAGCCCUCGUGUUCGCUCGCCUCACUGUCAUUCAUCCCCACCCCGCAGGAGGCAACCAAUGAGGAGGGAGGAGAGAAGCGGGAGGAGGAGGCAGAGGAGGAGUGUCUGAUAGUUGGCUACAAGAAGCCGAUAGCAGAGCGGACUCCUGAGCUGGUGCAGCUCUCCUCUGACACCGAGGAGGAGGAAGGAGAGAAGAACAAAGUGGAAAAAGAGGAGAACACGGCUGAGAAGCUUCCUCCUCUGCCCUCCACCAGUCCUCCCCUCUCUUACCUCCCUGUGAUCCCUCCUUCCACGUCAGGCGUCUACAGAGAUGAACAGAACGACAAGACGAAGGACAAAGAUGCAGAGGCGGUUGGAUGCCGCUCACGUGCGCGCUCCUGGUCAGGCAGCUCAGAAAGAAGCAGGAACUCUGUGUGCACGCUCAGCCCGGCGACGCCUGGGGAGAGCGAGCAGCGGCGGGAGAGAGACAGCUGGAGAGACAGGAAGCAGUCUGCCAGCGAGGCGGCGAGGGAGAAGAGGAGGAGGAAGAGGAGCAGGAGAGGGCGGGAAAGGAGCGGCGACAGGCUGAGGAAGAAGGGCACCCUGUAUAACCCAAACCGCUCCAUUUAUCCCGCCAUGAUGCGUCGCCGCUCCCACUCCCCGUCGCCAUUUCACUCUAGCGUGGAGUCUGGCUCGCCGCCACCGCCGCCCAGCCCGCCCAACUCCAGCUGGGAGUACCGCUGUUCCCAGAUCUCCCCUCUCACCUCCUCUGUCCCCUCACCCUCCGGCUCCUCCUCCUCCUCACCGCUCUGCUCCUCCCCACGGCCGUCGUCACAGACGCCACCGACGCCCUCACUCUCCCCCGGCGACGGCAGCAAGGCUCACCACGGAGAAAAACCCGGGGGGAAGAGGAAGUACAAGAGCCGCCACCUGGACAGUGAUGACAAGGACCCCACCUGGAGGCCGAGCAGCAGCCACCGCAGGGAGAGUAGGAGGGAGAGGAGGGAGAAGGAGAAGAGAAGGAGGGGGAGAGAGGAAGGGAGGAGAAGAGAGAGGCAGAAGAGAGACGAUCACAGAGGCGGCAGCGGCGGAGACAGCAGCCGGAGGUGCAGAGAAGACCGGAGUCCCAGCGUGGAGAUCAUCUACGAAGGCACCGCCCCCUCCAACACGACACAACCCCCCGCCCCCAAGCGGCGCAGGAAACGCCACCGCAGGACACAACACAGCAGUUCUCCGGUUAUCAUCACCCUCGACAGCGACAGCAGCCACAACGAUGUCAACAAGAAAAGCAGCAGCAGCAGCAGCAGUCCACUCAGCAGCCAGCAGACCGUCGAUUUCUCUGACCUUCCUCCUCUCCCAUUGGUGCAUUCUGCUGGAGUCAGUGCAGCCUUUCAUGCAGAAAUCGGGGAGCUUCCUAUCGACAUCCUGGACCAUGGAUCUGAUGGGUCGGAGACAGAGCCAGCGGUCCAGUCUGAGGCUGCGGGUCCCAUCGCCGUUGACAACAGUGACAACAGUGAUCAUGAUGUGGAUGUGGAAAAUGUUGAGGGGAGCGGUUCGCUGCUGGGAUUGGAUGAUGAUAAAGGACCAGUGAGAAAGGCUGGUACAAAGGCAACCACUGCUGCUCAUCAGAGAGAGGCCGGGACCGUGGUUGGUGGCUCUCCGCCAGCUGGAGAGAACGAUGCUGCCCCCACAACAACGGAUCUGGUUUACAAAAGAGAUUCUGAGGUCUCAACCUCCGACAGCCAUCUGCUAGCAACCAUCCUCAAUGACCUGAAGGGAAUCACUGCACCUAAAUGUGAUCCGUCUUUGAACUCUGAACCCAAUUGCUCAUCCAGCACCAGAAAAAAGCCUUUUAGGGAUCAAUGUGAGGUCAAUCAGGCUCAUUCAAACCAGGACGACUGGUUGGCUAAAGUUAGACAUCCCAGUCCCGAUUUGCCUGCGGAGCGACAGUCUAAUGAUAGCAGAGACCAAAGUCAGAGCCUUGACUUGCCAACAUUUCGUACCUCCAUCCCCCCGCUACCUCCUCUUGAACGGCUGGAAUGCAGGGUCAGAGAGGACGGCAGGGACCUCCCCCCGCUCCUCAAACAGGCCAGUCCUGUUAGGUCAUACAACAGAAACACGCCACCGCCAUUAAAACACAAAGAUGCUGGGAGUCCACACCUUUUACCCAUCUCUCCCAUUGAUCUGCGCCCACCUCAGGCCUCUGUUGACGCUGACCCAGUUGGUGCAAAUUCAAAUUCUCAUGUCGACCUCAAUUCAAAUCCCACCAUCGGCCCCAUUGACUCCCGUUUGGGUGCUGAGCUGCCUAAAGAUAACCAGGCCAUCCCUCCUAUUUCAACACUGAAGAAACAUUUCCGGAGCACUUUGGCUCUGAGAGGAGAACUCGCCAAUACCAGCCACAUUUCAGCCACUGACAUACAUUCUUCCUGUCGUUUAGCACCCAUUGACACGCAUUCAGUUGCUUCUCCUAAAGUUGCCACAGUCGGCAUUCAUUCCAGUCGCAAACCUUCUACUGAUUCCCAUUCUUUUUCUGAGUCUGAAAAUAGUUCUCAAAGUGUUGAUUUCUUACCAAAUCUGGACUUCAAUCUCUUUCAUUCUUCAAAGUUGCAUUCCGGACUUGAUAGUAAAAAGCAAAUAUCUUCUAGUCCUAGAUCAUCACCCAUGCAUCCUGUGGAUUAUUUAUCUCCCAUUGAUUUCCAUUCAGCCAAGACUGGCUGGUCCAAAGACAAGCCACUUAACUCUGACUCUACCUCCAUAGGUUGCAGGAAUAAAACUCUAAGCCCAAAUUCCAGUCGAGGAGCACCCAUUGACCUUCAUCCUUCAAGCAGUAUUUCUGCUAAAGGCACACUGGCAGGUAGUGAUGUUUUCUCAGGUUCCAACUGUAACGACACAUCACCCCCUGUUUUUGUUUCUUCCAUUGAUUCUAGGACUCAAAAUCCCGCCUCACCCAUUGACCCUUACUGUUCCAGUAAGAGAGAGAGCCUGUCAGAAAAGCUGUCAACCUCUAGAGUUCGCUCGGUGUCACCAAAGGCUGCUAGCGGUGGCAGGUUGUUACCCACUGAUGCGCAUCCUAGAACUCCCACAUCUACUGUUGACCUCCACUCUUCCAGCGCAGCUUCAGAAGGACUGACAGGCAACAAAGCAUUGUCAUUAGUCAGCGAUGAGGACAGAUUGCCUCAUGGUCACCUGCUACCCAUUGAUAUGCAUUGUACAAGUCCUGUGCCAGCUGCUAAGGAACACUCUUCUAGCUUUGUCAGCGCCGUGAUUGAUGGACACUUGAACCACACAGCCUUAUCCUCCCUGACUUUCCAAGUAUCACACAGAAAGUGCAGUUCCCAGUCCAAACCUACUGUUGACUCCCACUCACAACUUCUGCACCCCAAAGACUCUGAUCCAGAAGCUCGCAGCCACUUUGAUUCCAGCUCCAGCCCACAGUUCCCCAUUGACACCUGCUCAAAACACAAUCUUCCCAUUGAGUCUCAGCCACCCGUUGACUCUCAUUCAAAAAACUCUAGAAACUUUCACCUGACCGCAGGCAAUCACAACACGUCUUCCCCCCAGUCUGUCGAGAACCAGUGGAACUCAAACUCCUCCAUUGACACCCAUUCAGAGUCUUAGUCACCCAUUGAUGAACGUUAAGCCAGCAGCGACUGGAACACACACACACACACACAUGCCUAAAAUGAGAAGACAUUUACAUGGUUUGCCGACUUAAUGUAUAAAAUAUAAAGAACAAACUGCUGAUUUUUUUUACAUGUUUUCUUUAAUUUGUUUCUAAGAUAAUUUGGUCAUUUAAAAUGUAACUCCUUCCCGCCCAUUUCAUCCCUGUGGCCGAGUUCACGAUGCUGUUUGAUGUUUCUGUAUGUACGGAUUGUAGUUAAAAUAAUUAUUUUCA